UUGAGGGUGUGUCUCGCUUCCUCUCUCAUGGCGAAAUAAUAGACGCCAGCCUGCUGCUCAGCUCAACUCUUCUCUUCCCCAUGAUUCUUUCACGCUCGCACUCCAAUCACGUUAUGUUGGCGGUUUAGGUACGGAUGAGAAGGGGGCACCGGAGUUCAAAGUUGUUGCUGUAUUCAUUUGUUGGUAGAUUUUUGUGUUAUAUUUGCCUUUGAAACGAACGGGAGAGUUGUCAUUGUAUUAAGUUGAAUUUGUCGCUAUGGGAGACGUGAUUUCGAGCCACCUGGAUGAGGGCAAGCGGGAGAUCAUUACAACCAGGACAGGCGAGGUGAUUGGAGCGUUUAGCCGUCUGUAUGAGCAGCAGUAUGCAGUGGCCCUCUUCAACAAGGUCCGCUUUGACAUCGAGGGAGGAGGGGGGCCCCAGCCACAGCUACUGCACCGCAAGGUUCCUCUGGAGAAUAGAUCCAUCUUCUCUGGAGCUCUGUUCCAGUUUCUGGAGGAGAACAAUAAAUGGAGAAACCACUACCUCUUCGUUCCUGACUGCUACACCAUCAACUACUAUGACAACAAAGCGUCUCAUGAGAGAGGGCUUCACCCCAAGGGAAACAUCAACUGUGCUGGGUAUAAAGUGCUGACCUCAAUGGAUCAGUACCUGGAGCUGCUCAACAACAGCCUGCCUGGUGUAAAUGCUAAAGUGGGUAACUCUCCCUUCCUGAAGUGUGCCACCCAGUUCCCUCUGAUCCUGUGGCACCCGUACGCCCGCCACUACUAUUUCUGUGUGGUGACGGAGAAAGAACAGCAGAAGUGGCAUGCAGUCUUUCAGGACUGUGUAAGACAUGCCAAUGAUGGUUUAUCAGAGAAGAGCAAGGUGCAGACUCCAGCCUUCACAGACGCACUGAGACUCUACCGCCAGGCCCACGGGCACUAUGGCACCUGGGAGAUGAUGUGUGGAGUGCCCUCACAGAUUCUGGCCAACCUGGUGAUGGAGACUCUUCUUCCUGAGCUCAGGGAUCUGAUCUCCCCUCGACUGAAAGGCAAAAUGCACGACAGGCAGAGGAACUGGAUGCUGGUCUGCGAUGCGGUGUAUGGUCUGGUGGUGAGGCAGUCCCAGGCCCAGUACGAGGCCGUGGUGCAGAGCUGUGAGGCCCAACGCCCCCCUCUAGAGGCCUCCAUACGCACAGACAUGGACCAGAUCAUCACCUCCAAGGAGCACGUCACCAACAAAAUCAAAGCGGUGGUGCUGCCCAAGGCAGAGAAGCUGCUGAAGGUGAGUAUCCAGCCCUACAUCAGCUCUAUCCUGGAGGCCCUGAUGGAGCCCACCAGCCGAGGCUUCUCUCAGGUCAGAGACGUCUUCUUCAGAGAGCUGGUGGACAUGAGCAAGAACACACUGAACGACGGCACCAAGGAGAAAGUGGGAGAGCACAUGGAGAAGAUCUCAAUGCUGGCGUUCCACCCAGUGAAGAUGCAGAGCUGCUAUGAGAAAGUAGAGGACUUGAGUCUGGACGGCCUGCAGCAGAGGUUUGAUGUCUCCAGCCCCUGUGUGUUUGUCCAGAGAGCACAGAUCCUCAUGAGAGAGCAAAUGGACGAUGCGGUGUACACGUUUGAGCAGAUCCUCCACCAGAGUCUGGAGGACCAGGAGCCAGAGGGGCUCUGUAAGAACAUCCAACGCUGCCAGGACCGGGUCAUCAAGAAAUUUGACUAUGACAGCAGCACAGUCCGGAAGAGGUUCUUCAGAGAGGCUCUUCUUCAGAUCUUCAUCCCUUACAUGCUGAAGCAGCUCUCUCCCUCCGUAUCCUCUGAGCUGCCUCGUUUCCAGGAGCUGAUCUUCGAGGACUUUUCUCGUUUCAUCCUGGUGGAGAACAUCUUUGAGGAGGUGGUGCUGCACUCUGUCAUGAAGGACAUCAUGAUGGCUGUCAAGGAGGCAGCAGUCCAGAGAAGACACAACCUUUACAGAGACAGCAUAGUGCUGACCAGCAGUGAUCCCAACCUGCACCUGCUGGGGGAUAACCCUGCCAUCGACUGGGCUGGGGAGUACGGGACAGGACCGGAGGAGGGACCGGAGGCGGUGGACGGGGAGGAGACUGGGGACAACACAGGAGGGGCGGCCCAGAGGAGGCGCAGGAUGAAGCAGGUGGUCUCUAUAAUACAGCUGGACGGCUCUCCCAUCCUGGCCAACGAGUCCUGCCUGGACGUCCCCGGGGUGGACAGCAUCCCUGAGGAGACGGCGGGAGAGGACCAGGACACAGAUGCCCCGUCAUCUCCAGAGAGUGUCCACCAGGAACCAGUCAAAGUUAAUGGAACCGGUCAAAAAGGAAAGCGAAAGGCUCCUCCUCCUCCAGUCCAGCCAGAGAACAUUCCAUCCCCUGCCCUAACGAAUGGCUCCGACGUAAAAGGAGAGCCGGCGGCCAUCUUGAGUAAGGCCCCAGAGGUACAGACCAAAAUCUCAGAAGAUGUCCCCAAGGAAGCUGAGAGUGAGAUGAAGUCCCCAGAGACGAAGAGCUUCUUACAGGAUACUGAGAGCACAGCGUCAGCCAUCGAGAGUGCCAUACAGGAGAUUGAGAAUGCAGUGCAGGGAGAGGACAGCGAGCCAGCCGUGGAGGCGGAUACACUGGAGGCAGUGGCAGAAGUUUCACCCUCAAGCCAGAAGGAUAGUGGACCCUUAAGCAAAGAGGAAGAGGAGGAAUCUUUAAAACCAAUUCAGCAGGAGGCACUGGCACCAACAGCUUUUAGCCAAGAGGAAAGCACUCCUUCCAAUUUAGAGGAGGUAUCUCCCUCCACUCAGACUGAGGUAGCAGCAACACCUAUAGCACAAGAGGAGAUCCCCACACCAACAGCCCUGGACAGCAAGCAAGUCCCUGCAGCCAUACCAACAGAAAUGCCUGCAGCCAUACCAACAGCCCUGGAGACGAAGCAAGUCCCUGUCCCAGGAUCAAUGCCAGAGAGCACUGGGAGCACUUCAGAAGUCAGUCCAGAGUUGGAACAGGCCACAGUGCCACAUGAUGACCGUGGCUUCCACUCUCUCACCAGUGAGGCGGUGGAGGAGGAUGCUGCCCCCAGUACAGAGGGGCCAGAGGCAGUAGAGUUGGUCCCUGAGGCAGGAGCAGAGGGUGAGGGAGUGACUUUGGUCCAGGAGGGAGCAGCAGAGAGGGUGAUUGGCCCAGGAGGGAGCAGCAUCACAGAACAAUAACUCUGAGACCGGAAAGGAGGAGAAGGAGUCUGGGAAGGCAGAGGGAGUCCGUGAGGAAUGAGUCCUCGCUUAGGCUGUAUGCUGGCGUUAAUUUUGAUUUUGAUGUUUGUUUUUUACCAAGACAGGCAUAUUAUACUACAUAAACCUAAUCUCACAAAAGCAUAGACAAUUUAAUAAAUGGAAAUGGUUUGUAUACAGUAGUUUUGCCAUUAGAUCAACUGCUUGGUUUUGGUUUUCACCUUAUAACAGUUCUAAUAACACUUUCUGUACCAAUAUUAUCCACCAAUACCAAAUCAGUCUGUACCUUAAGUGGGGCUCAAGUGCAACUUCAUUGUCUCAAUAUUGUUUUUGUGUUUCUAUAUUUUGACAGAUAUUCCAACUGAUAAAGCAUGUGCAUUCCAUUCAACCCACAUUCCAAUUGAUAGCAUGUAUAUUGUAGCCCGAGUGCCAGAUGUGUUUGUGCGCUCAUGCCAACUCCUUGUCAUGCCAAAAAUGGCUUAAUAAUGAAUGGAAUUGGCAAGAGCACAAACAGAUCUGGGACCAGGCUGUGUGUGUAUUGCAUUCCAUCCACACAAGGGGGAAGUCAUUCCAUGACCCUUUUUUACUAUAUAUUCACAGCGUAGUGAAUGAUGAGGACAAUUGAAAGACCCAGUUGUCCUCUUAUGGUGUUCUGUAAAUAUGAAACGAAAUGGCACACUUCAGGUGCUGUUCUUGGUUGGGUAUACACUGAGUAUACAAAUUAUUAAGAACACCUUCCUAAUAUUGAGUUGCACCCCCCCUUUGCCCUCAGAACA